GAGAAGGAAAGGCUGGAGAAGGAGAGGUUGGAGAAGGAGAGGUUGGAGAAGGAACGAGAAGAAAAGGAGCGGAAGGAGAGAGAAGCCAAGGUGGAGCAAGAAAGAAUGGAACAGGAAGAGAAAAGGCGAGAGCUCAUAGAGAAGGAGGCCCGAUUGGCACAGAACCAGCCAACACUAUCACUGGGCUCAUUCUCCUUUAAUCCCGAUUCCUCCUUGGCUACACUGCCUCAUGGGCUAGGCAGUGGUGAUGGGGUUGCAUCUCUGGGCACGGAAACAGCUGGUCCAUUCGGUUUGGACACCUUCGCCAGCAUCUCCAGCAUGCCUUUGACUCCAACACACUAUACUGGGUCCUUCAACCCAUUCUCGAUGGAUGACGAGCCGCUCAUGCGUCGCAACUUGGCCCCAUCAGCACGGUCCUUCCUUAAUGACUCUGACUAUGAUCCUGCGACCGGUCGCAAUCGCCCAGUGGGGCCUCCUAUCCCAGGCAAACCAAGGCAGACGUCUCGUUUCGGGUUCGCUAUGGACAACCAAUAUUCGAACUCAUUUGACCGCGAGGAGUUCGCGCAUCCGUCGUCUAAUAUGCAAUCGAUGCAGGACGGAUUCAGAGCUCUCUUCCCCAACGUUAAUGUCAGUUUUGGUCUGCCCAACGGUUCCCUCGGACAACAGCAGCAGCACCAACAUCAACAUCUUCGGCAGCUUCAGCACCAAAACCUGCAACACCAGCAACACCAGCAACACCUGCAACACCAGCAACACCAGCAGCAAUACCAACAUGGCCAAUAUCAGCCUUCUCCACUUCUUCAUCGCCAGGAUUCCGGUCUUAACGCUGGUAUGUGGGACGGUGCUGACAAGCAGGAAGGCCUCUCAUUCCAGCGCAGCAUGAGCCAGCUAAAUAUGGACCCCAUGCUGACGACGCCCAGCUCUCGCAUGGUGGAAUACCACCAGCAGCUCUCAAUGCAGCAGCGACAGCCGCAGCAGCAACAGCGCGGCGGUCCACCGGGACUUGCACGCAAUCCUAUGACGCCCACAAUGAUCAAAUCUCCACCUCCUGGACUCGAAAGUCUUGCUCGCGACGAAUAUGGAGGAUGGUCCAUAUCUCAGCAGCAGCAGCAGCAGCAACAGCAA